AUGGAAAGCGAUUUAACUAAACGUCGUCCUUCAAUAAUACCAGGUUCUUUACCUGGUUUACCGGUUGGGUGGUCACCAUCAAUAGAUACUGUUGAAGAAGAUGUAAGUGAUGAAGAAAAUGAAGUAUCAAAAACUUAUUCAUCAACAUCAAUUUCUUCUUUACCAUCAAUAACAAAUUAUGAAGUAAAACCGUAUUUUACAAUAAAAAAAUUUCAAUAUGAAAAUCCAGCAUCAGGUCAAACAACAACAAUGUCCAUGGCGCAUACAUAUGGUAUAUGUACAUUAAAUACAGAAGCUGAAGAAAUCAUAGCUUGUGAUCAUUAUAAUAAUCGUUUAAUUAUGUUUGAUUCAAAUACUGAUGGACGUGCAUUACACAUAUAUCGUGGUGAUUUCCCAACACCAGAAUGUGUUGCACCACGACCACAUCAUAAACAACAUAUUUAUGUAACAAAAGCUCAUUCAGUAUGUUUAUAUGAUUUAGAAAAGAAAAAAAUUAUACAAAAAUUAGGUGCUGAAGAAAGUGGUCAUGCGAAUAAUCGAUUUAAUCUACCGCGUGGUAUUACUGUCGAUCCAACGAACGGAGAAAUUUAUAUGUGUGACACAUGGAAUCAUCGAAUAUGUGUUUUUUCAUCCGAUUUUCGUUUUGUUAAUCGUCGUUGGUAUUUAACACGAUGGGAACAAACACAAAAAAAAGUAAAACCAAGUUUUGUAGCUAUUAAUGCAAACAAUCAAUGUGUUGUUACAUGUGAAGAUGUACCAAAUUAUCGUGGAGCUGUUUAUGUAUUUGAUAAAAUGGGUUAUAUACAAAAAAUUUAUGAUCAUGAUUCACGUAAUAAACCACCAAAUGCUGAAGCUAAAUUAAAUGUUCCACAUGGAAUAUUACUUGAUGAUGAUGGUAAUUGGUUAACUGUUUGUUAUUCAGAUCCUGAAAUACGUUCAGUUGAAAGACGAGCAAAUAUUCAAAAUGAUGAAGAUAAUGAAAUAAUCAAUUAUUGGCGUUGUAAAGAAUUAAAAGGUCCUAGUGGUUUAGCAAUGAAGCGUGAUCAAACAUUAAUUAUUGGUGAUCGAGAUAACAAUUCUCUAUGCUUUUUUAAACAACGAGAAGCAUCAAAAACAGAAGCAACAAAAUAA